CUCAUUCCAAACAAAUCUGUCCUUUCUUCUUCAAUUCAUUCUCUUCACUUUAGAGAAAAAUAACAAAAAAAUGGAAGCUACAUCAAACCCAAAAAAACUAACCAUCUUUAUAAUUUCAAUAUUAUUUGCAUUACCUUUUAUAAAUGCAAAAACACAACAUUUGCAUCUUACAAAACUUUACAAAGUCAAGUACCAUGGAAAUGGAGAUGAUGAUAUUGACAAAAAAUCAUAUGAUCCAAUGCUUGUUGAUGAUAUGAUUAACAAACAUGAUCAUCAUGAUCAUAGUAAGCAACAUCAUCAUCAUCAUGAUCAUGUUCAACAUCAUCAUGAUAAUCAGAAGGAAAGAGAUAGAAUAGUGAAGUUACCAGGGCAACCACCAGUGAACUUCACACAGUAUGGUGGAUAUGUUACAGUUGAUAGUAAAGCUGGAAAAGCAUUUUAUUAUUAUUUUGUUGAAGCUCCUAAAAAUAAGAAUUCUUUGCCACUUCUUCUUUGGCUUAAUGGAGGCCCUGGUUGUUCUUCUUUGGCUUAUGGCGCUAUGGAAGAGCUAGGUCCUUUUCGAGUUAAAAGCGAUGGAAAAACAUUAUUCAGGAACAAAUUUGCAUGGAACCACGCUGCAAAUGUUUUAUUCUUGGAGUCCCCUGCUGGAGUUGGAUUUUCAUACUCAAACUCAACAUCAGAUUAUGAUUCCAAUGGAGACAGUAAAACAGCUGCAGAAAAUUAUAUCUUUUUAUUAAAUUGGUUUGAGAGAUUUCCUGAGUAUAAAGGAAGAGAUUUCUACAUCUCUGGAGAAAGUUAUGCUGGACAUUAUGUUCCUCAACUGGCUCAUGCAAUUCUUCAACACAAUACAAAUACCAACAAUUCCAUCAUCAACCUCAAAGGCAUUAUUAUUGGAAAUGCAGUGAUAAAUGAUGAGACUGAUUUAAAAGGGAUGUACGAGUAUUUUUGGACUCAUGCUUUAAUAUCAGAUGAAGUCAAAGAUGAUUUAACAAAGCAUUGUGAUUUCACUCCAAAUGCCAUCAAUCAAAGUGUUGAAUGCAGUUUAGCCGCAGAUCAAGUGGAGGUUGAUACUCAAUACUUAGAUAUUUACAACAUUUAUGCUCCAGUGUGCCACUCCUCAAAUCUUACUGUUAAACCCAAGAAACUCACACCGGAUUUGGAUCCAUGCAGUGACCAUUAUGUGCAUGCCUACUUGAACUCCCCUGAGGUCCAAAAGGCUCUCCAUGCAAAUGUGACUAAACUUUCUCACGAUUGGGAGCCUUGCAGUUCAAUUAUCAGUAAAUGGUCAGACAGCCCAUCAACAGUUAUCCCUCUUCUAAAGGAGCUAAUGACUAAGGGACUUCGUGUGUGGAUAUUUAGUGGUGACACCGAUGGAAGGAUACCAGUUACCUCAACAAGGCAAUCCCUAAAUAAAAUGGGACUUUCAAUCAAGACUAAGUGGCAUCCUUGGUUCAUCAAGGGAGAGGUUGGAGGAUACACACAAGUAUAUGAAGGGAAUUUGACAUUUGCAACAGUUAGAGGAGCAGGUCAUCAAGUGCCUAGCUUUCAGCCUCUUAGAGCUCUUGCGUUGAUCUCACACUUUCUUGCUGGCACACCUCUACCAAAUACUUCAAGAACUAAAUUAUUGUAUUAAUAUCUCUUUUUUAUAUAUUUUUAUUUUAAAAAUUAUUCCAAAGGAAUUGUAUUUCUACGAAGAGAGGAAAAAAGAAAACUUCUUGGGAGUUAAAAAGAGUGAGGAACUGUAUUUGAUCAGAUUGUUGUGGGUGGCCAACGAAACAUGCAUCAUAAUAGUGUACAGUCUGUAUAAGCUACACAUAAUUAAGCACCAAUGCUAGUUAAUUCUUUUUACAUCCAA